GAGAAAAGAGUGAUGCAUUGCGUUGCGUUGGGCUCACGCUUCCGCAUUCCGCUGUGGAAUCCAGUGCGAAAGAAGGCCUUCACCGUAGCUAAGUUGUUCUAUUCUUCCUCCAGCUACCACUGUGCCCCCUCAUCCGUCAAGCUCCUCAGCCUCCUCUCCGACGUCCGUCCCCUCACCACAAUGGAGGGCUGCAAACGAACCAAGCGUUUGACGAGCUGCUCAUGGCUCGGCUCGAUAAGGGCUCGUUCAUGUUUGUUUGAUAAGAAUUUCUGGACCAGUGGAUCGGUUGACAAGAACAAAAGAAUGGUAGAGAGUUUGCAGCGCUAUGGUAUAAUCAAGUCAAAGAAAGUGUCAGAAGUGAUGGAAAAAAUUGAUAGAGGACUAUUUGUACAAAGUGAUACUCCAGCUUAUGUUGAUAGCCCUAUGCAAAUUGGUUACAAUGCAACUAUAUCUGCUCCUCACAUGCAUGCAACUUGUCUAGAGCUGUUGAAGGAGCAUUUGCAGCCUGGCAUGCGAGCCUUAGAUGUUGGUUCUGGAACUGGGUACUUAACAGCUUGCUUUGCAAUCAUGGUUGGAUCUCAAGGUUGUGCAGUAGGUGUUGAACAUAUUCCUGAGUUGGCUUCUUUUUCAAUUGAGAACAUAAAAAAAAGUUCAGCAUCUUCAUUAUUCGAAGGAUCACUAUGGGUGCACGUUACUGAUGGAAGGCUUGGCUGGGCAGAGCUAGCACCAUAUGAUGCCAUACACGUCGGAGCAGCCGCUCCAGAAAUUCCUAACGCACUAAUCGAGCAACUAAAACCCGGCGGCCGAAUGGUUAUUCCAGUCGGCACCAUCUUACAAGACCUCAAAGUUAUUGAUAAAAAGCUUGAUGGAUCUCUCAGUAUCCGAACUGAAACCUCUGUGCGAUACGUUCCUCUUACCAGCAAAGAUGCCCAGCUGCGUGGCUGAAUAUUUCCAGGUUCUUUUAAUGCUGCUAUCUUUUUUUGUUCUUUAUAAUAUUUCUAUUGAAGAACCAUAGUUUCUUACUUGUGGGGUUUAUAAAUAAAAGAUUGACGAUGGAAUGCAAAUAUUAUUGUACAUUUUAAGGUGUUUUAUAAAAUGCUUUUUGAAGAACAACAAGUAUGCAU